AUGCUUUCCUGCAUAUAUAGCAAUAAACAAGAAUUGAACAGACUGGUAGAUAUGACUGAAACUAAAGAAAACCCUCAGGACACUGUUCAAAGCAAAAAUAUUCAACAGAUACUAUUCAUUAAUAAACCAGCUUGGAUCGACAUUGCAAGAACAAAUGAGUACUUAAGAAACAAAUGUCAUUUUAAAAACUGUGUUAUGACAAAUAAAGUUAACAAUAUACCUCAGAUGUCAGCCGUCGUCUUCAGUACGCCUCACGCACUUAAAUUUGGUUGCCCAUAUUUGAAAAGCAAACGCCCUUAUUCACAAAUCUGGGUCUUUAUGACUUUCGAGGCUCCGUCAGGUAGACCAUCGUGGUACAGAGACCGAGUUUGGAAAAACACCAUGAACUGGUCAUGGGGAUACAGACUUGACUCGGACAUAUUUCGGCCUAUUCAGGUAUUAACUACAAGAAGUGUGUUACCACACCGUGAUUACGAUACUAUAUUUAAACGGAAAAAGAAACUUGCGGCUUGGGUUGUGAGCAACUGUCAUGCUAAGAGCCUUCGAGAUGAAUAUGUACAUGCACUUAUUCGUGAAGGUAUACAGGUUGAUAUAUUUGGUAAAUGUUCAAAGAACAAAUCGAGAGUAAGUCGGGAUGAUAUUCAUCGACUAAUUAAUGAAGACUACAAAUUUUAUUUGUCAUUCGAAAACAAUUUUUGUAAAGAUUAUGUUACAGAAAAAUUUUAUACUUACUUAGGUUUGGACACCAUAUUAAUAGUUCGAGGUGGACUUAAUUAUUCGGAGCAUUUUAAUCAGAACGCAUUUAUUGACACUUCGUCAUUUUCAUCAGUGAAAUCAUUAGCAAGCUAUAUGUUGAAGGUCAGUCAGGACAUGAAACUAUACACCAGGUAUUUACGAAACAAAGACAUAUAUAAUAUUGCAGAUUCAAAUUACAAUAGCAUGUAUGAAUCAGAAUGUAGACUGUGUGAAAAGAUAAAUAACAAAGAACGGUAUGAAAAGACAUAUGAAGACAUUGCAACAUACCUACAUAACGGUACAUGUUUUAAUCCAGAUAUAAUAGUUUAA